AUGGCAUUGUCGGACUCCCCUGGCGAUUCCACCAGUAAAUCUUUGGAUGAACAGACUUACUAUGGUCCACAACAAGAUCAAGAUCUGGGACACGAAAAUGAGCCUUUUCAAGACGCCCCUGAGGGAGAUGGCCAAUCUUCGCGCGCGCACGUGACCAGACUAAUGAUGCGCAGAACAAGUGAUGGCAUGGGUGGUGAGGAAAUGGACCCAGAUGUGAUAUCCCGCGUGGAAACUUUGGCCCGCACACUCUCAAACCACCGCGUGCGUGACGGUCCGCUCGAAAUCGACUUGGACAACUUCGACGCCAAGCAGAUCAUUGGGUCGUUCGUGCGUGACAGUCAAGACCAGGGCAUUCAUCUGCGGAAAGCAGGUGUCAUCGCGGAAAACUUCACUGUGAUCGGCGAGGACUGCUCUGCGGCCGAGGCACCUACAUUUGAAGACAUCUUGCUUCUGCCGCGCACCAUUUUCCGUGGCAUCCGUGCAGCGAAAAAUACUAAGACUCGCGCUAUUGUCACGAACGCCAAUGUGCUGGCUAAACCAGGCGAAAUGGUUCUGGUGCUCGGGAGGCCCGGUGCAGGCUGUUCUUCGUUUUUGAAAACCAUCUCAGGCGAGACGUCUAAAUUCAAGAAGGUCGAGGGCUCAAUCUCUUACGACGGUAUCUCACAGAAGGAGAUGAUGCGCAAGUACAAGGCCGAUGUGGUAUACAACGGCGAAGUGGACGUUCAUUUCCCUCAUUUAACAGUUCAACAAACCCUAGACUUUGCACUUGCAUGCACAACACCCAACGUGCGUGUCAACGGUGCAACCAGGUCCCAGUACGUAGCCGCAAUGCGUGAGCUUUAUGCCACGAUUUUCGGUUUAAGACAUACCUACAACACCAAAGUCGGAAAUGAUUUUGUGAGAGGUGUUUCUGGAGGUGAACGGAAACGUGUUUCUAUUGCCGAAGCACUCGCUGCUCGUGGUUCCAUCUACUGUUGGGACAACGCCACCCGUGGUUUGGAUGCGUCCACAGCACUAGAAUUUGCGCAAGCCAUCCGUUUGAUGACCAACUUGCAAAAAUCAGUGGCCUUAGUCACCAUCUACCAAGCAAGUGAAAAUAUCUACGAGUGCUUUGACAAAGUUACCAUUCUCUACGACGGUAGGCAAAUUUACUUCGGAGAAGUCGAUAAGGCAAAAGAAUACUUCAAGAAAUUAGGAUACGUUUGCCCAGCUAGACAAUCGACGCCGGAAUUUUUGACGGCUUUGACAGAUCCCAAGGGGCUCCAUGAGUUUGUUCCCGGUUUCAAGAAAUCCAUUCCUAAAAGCGCAGACGAUUUUGAGAAGUGCUGGGUGGAGUCGGAGGAAUAUCAGCAGAUGUUGGAGAGUAUUGCGACUUACAAGCAGGAGACCCAAGUGGAAAACACGAAACAUCUGUAUGACAAAUCUUUGGCUCAAGAGAAAUCCAAACUGACGCGCGCUAGAUCUGCUUACACCGUGUCUUUCCCGGAGCAAGUCAGACUGUGUACAAAGCGUGGAUUCGAAAGAAUUUACGGCGAUAAGGCCUUUACGGUAACAAAUGUUAUUGCAUCCGUUAUUCAAGGUCUUGUUACAGGUUCUCUGUACUACAAUAUUCCAUUGGGAGUGUCAGGUGCUUUCUCAAGAGGUGGUGUAUUCUACUUCGCCAUUUUGUACACUUCUUUGAUGGGUCUUGCCAAAAUCAGUCUAGACAGUCGACCAAUCAUUGAAAAACACAGAACCUAUUCUUUGUAUCAUCCAGCUGCCGAGGCUUUCGCUAGUUCUGCCUCCGAGUUCCCUUUCCGCUUCAUCAGUACAACUGCUUUUUACCUCCUCAUCUUCUUCCUUUCAGGAAUGGCAAGAAAUGCUGGCAGAUUUUUCACCUCUUUUCUCUUUUUAGUCGUUUGUGCUGAGUCUAUUAAUGCACUCUUCGAUCUCAUUACGGCAAUGAGCAGUAGUGUUUCGCAAGCAAACUCCGUGGCAGGUACAACCUUGAUGGCUUUGGUUCUUUACUCCAACUACAUGAUUCAGACGCGCGCAAUGCAUCCUUGGUUUAGAUGGAUUUCCUAUUCCACCCCAAUCAGGUACACUUUUGAGAGUAUGUUGAACUCUGAGUUCCACGCGAGGCGAAUGAACUGUGCCGGCAGGGUCAUUCCCGCGGGCCCUUCAUACAGCGGAGUUUCCGUUGAUAAUCAAGUUUGUGCUUUUGCAGGUUCGCGUCCUGGAGAACCGUAUGUUCUGGGAGAUAAUUAUUUGAGCGCUCAAUUUGCCUACAAUUACAGCAAUACGUGGAAGAAUCUGGGAUACGUUUUCGCUUUCUUGGUCGUGUAUUUGUUCUUGAAGUGUUUGGUAACCGAACUAAGACCACCAUCAUCUGGUGGCGGUGAUACGCUCGUCUUCAAAAAGGGUGCCAAGAGACUAGGAUCUCCAUCCGAUGAAGAAAAUGAUGAAUCAUCCUUGACCAUGGCUGAGGCGAAGAAGAAUGUAGACAAUGGCAGCGAAGACACCUCGAGUGUGGCAAGCAACGUGUUCAGAGGCUUGAAAAGCAGGGGUGUGUUUGUAUGGAAAGAUGUUUGUUACACGAUUCCUUACAAGGGCAGUACUCGUAGGUUGUUGGAUAACGUCACCGGAUACUGUGUGCCUGGUACCCUCACUGCCUUAAUGGGAGAAUCCGGUGCCGGAAAGACAACGUUAUUGAAUACUUUGGCACAGAGAAACGUCGGCGUCAUAACCGGUGACAUGCUUGUUAACGGAAAGCAUAUCGACGCAAGUUUCGAAAGACGCACAGGCUACGUACAACAACAAGACGUUCAUGUCAAGGAGUUGACAGUUAGAGAGUCAUUGCGUUUUGCGGCCAGAUUGCGCAGACCAGCGUCUGUUCCAGAUGCCGAAAAAUUAGAAUAUGUUGAGAGGAUUAUGGAAAUUUUGGACAUGGGUGAAUAUGCUGAUGCACUAGUAGGAGAUGCUGGUUUUGGACUCAAUGUUGAGCAAAGAAAGAAGGUUUCCAUCGGUGUGGAACUUGCAGCGAAGCCUGAUUUGCUACUGUUUUUGGAUGAACCCACUUCAGGUUUGGACUCGCAGUCGGCAUGGGCUAUUAUUCAAAUUUUGAGAAAGCUUGCUGAAGCUGGCCAGUCUAUUUUGUGCACCAUCCAUCAGCCUUCGGCUACACUUUUUGAGCUGUUUGAUAGAUUACUACUGCUCAGAAAAGGUGGACAGACUGUUUACUUCGGACCCGUUGGUAAGAACUCCAAGGAUCUCCUUGGGUACUUUGAAGAGAAUGGCGCCAGAAAGUGCACAUCAUCCGAAAACCCUGCAGAAUACAUUCUAGAGGCAAUUGGGGCCGGUGCCACAGCAUCUGUUAAAGAAGAUUGGCAUGAGAUUUGGAAAAACUCUCGCAAUUACCAACAAGCCAACGAGGAAGUAACAAAACUUCUGCACGAACCUGGCCACGGAGAAGCUGAAGAGGAUAUUGGAUCAACUUCCAAGUACGCUGCACCAUAUUGGUAUCAGUUCAAAGUCGUGUACGCAAGAACUGCGACCAUCUUCUGGAGAGAUGUGAACUACUUGAUGGCAAAAUUAAUGUUACAUCUAUGUUCGGGUCUUUUCAUUGGUUUCACGUUUUAUAAUGUCGGUACCAGUUACACCGGUUUGCAAAACACCAUGUUUGCGGCCUUCCUGGCCUUAAUCGUUUCCGCGCCUGCCAUGAAUCAAAUUCAGGCCCGUGCUAUAGCUUCAAGAGAACUUUUCGAGGUGAGAGAAUCCAAGUCAAAUACUUUCCACUGGCUGUUCCUGCUUGUCACACAAUACCUAUGUGAGUUGCCAUAUCAUCUUGUGUUCUCUACCAUUUUCUUCGUUGGUUUCUACUUCCCCCUCAGGUUCCACUACGAGGCGCGCUAUGCGGGCGUCUUCUUCUUGACCUAUUGCAUUAUGUUCCAAAUGUAUUUCGUGGGUUUGGGUCUGAUGUUGCUGUAUGCGGCACCAAACUUGGCGUCUGCCGGUGUAAUGUUGAGUUUGUGCUUGUCUUUCCUGCUAUCCUUCUGCGGUGUCGUGCAACCUGCUAGCUUGAUGCCAGGCUUUUGGACAUUCAUGUGGAAAGCAUCUCCGUACACCUAUUUCGUGCAGAACGCAAUUGGUGUUGUUCUUCACAAGAAACCUGUGGUGUGUAGACGCAGGGAAAUGUCUUUCCUCAAUCCUCCUGCAGGACAGACUUGCGGAGAAUACAUGAAGGACUUUUUGUCCAAAUCUGCUGGCUACAUUUCUAAUCCUGAUGCUACCGAAAACUGUGGUUACUGCGUCUUCAAAGUCGGUGACGACUAUUUGAAACAAAUCGGUGCCAGUUACAGUUACAUUUGGAGAAAUUUCGGACUAUACUGGGUUUACAUUGGCUUCAAUAUUUUUGCCAUGAUUGCCCUAUACUACAUAUUCCAUGUCAGGACAUUCUCCUUGAAGGAAACCAAGGUAGGUAAAGCUAUCAUGGGCAAACUCAAGAAAGAGUAA